UUCCCCCUUCUGAUGACCAGGUGGCGAAUCGCAUCUCUGCAUGUCUGGCAGACAUAUCAGUGUGGAUGACGGAUCACCACCUCAAGCUGAACCUCAGCAAGACGGAGCUCCUCUUCCUCCCGGGGAAGGACUGCCCGUUCCAUGAUCUCGCCAUCACGGUUGACAACUCCAUUGUGUCCUCCUCCCAGAGCGCUAAGAACCUUGGCGUGAUCCUGGACAACACCCUGACGUUCUCAACUAACAUCAAGGCGGUGUCCCGUUCCUGUAGGUUCAUGCUCUACAACUUCCGCAGAGUACGACCCUGCCUCACACAGGAAGCGGCGCAGGUCCUAAUCCAGGCACUUGUCAUCUCCCGUCUUGAUUACUGCAACUCGCUGUUGGCUGGGCUCCCUGCCUGUGCCAUUAAACCCCUACAACUCAUCCAGAACGCCGCAGCCCGUCUGGUGUUCAACCUUCCCAAGUUCUCUCACGUCACCCCGCUCCUCCGCUCUCUCCACUGGCUUCCAGUUGAAGCUUGCAUCCGCUACAAGACCAUGGUGCUUGCCUACGGAGCUGUGAGGGGAACGGCACCUCAGUACCUCCAGGCUCUGAUCAGGCCCUACACCCAAACAAGGGCACUGCGUUCAUCCACCUCUGGCCUGCUCGCCUCCCUACCACUGAGGAAGUACAGUUCCCGCUCAGCCCAGUCAAAACUGUUCGCUGCUCUGGCCCCCCAAUGGUGGAACAAACUCCCUCACGACGCCAGGACAGCGGAGUCAAUCACCACCUUCCGGAGACACCUGAAACCCCACCUCUUCAAGGAAUACCUAGGAUAGGGUAAGUAAGGGUAAGUAAUCCUUCUCACCCCCCCCCCCCCUUCUCCCCCAACAAGAUUUAGAUGCAAGUGGCUGUUCCACUGGUUGUCAUAAGGUGGAGCGUCUGCUAAAUGACUUAAAUGUAAAUGUAAUGUAUUGUGAUGUCAUUAAGGGGUAUUGUGAUGUCAUUAAGGGGUAUUGUGAUGUCAUUAAGGGGUAUUGUGAUGUCAUUAAGGGGUAUUGUGAUGUCAUUAAGGGGUAUUGUGAUGUCAUUAAGGGGUAUUGUGAUGUCAUUAAGGGGUAUUGUGAUGUCAUUAAGGGGUAUUGUGUGUCGAUUUGAGGAUAAAAAAGGCUGUAACUUAACAAAAUGUGGAGAAAGAGAAGAGGUCUGAAUACUUCACAAAUGUACUGUAGGUAUACAGGUGUGUAGGUAUACAGGUGUGUAGGUAUACAGGUGUGUAGGUAGGUAUACAGGUGUGUGUGUAGGUAGGUAUACAGGUGUGUGUGUAGGUAGGUAUACAGGUGUGUAGGUAGGUAUACAGGUGUGUAGGUAGGUAUACAGGUGUGUAGGUAGGUAUACAGGUGUGUAGGUAGGUAUACAGGUGUGUAGGUAGGUAUACAGGUGUGUAGGUAGGUAUACAGGUGUGUGUGUAGGUAUACAGGUGUGUGUGUAGGUAUACAGGUGUGUGUGUAGGUAUACAGGUGUGUGUGUAGGUAUACAGGUGUGUGUGUAGGUAUACAGGUGUGUGUGUAGGUAUACAGGUGUGUGUGUAGGUAGGUAUACAGGUGUGUGUGUGUAGGUAGGUAUACAGGUGUGUGUGUGUAGGUAGGUAUACAGGUGUGUAGGUAUACAGGUGUGUGUGUAGGUAGGUAUACAGGUGUGUAGGUAUACAGGUGUGUAGGUAUACAGGUGUGUAGGUAU